AUGCGAAUCAACAACAGAAAUGAUGAAACAAUCAGAGUGGAUGACGGUGAACUAGAAGAUGUGGACAACUUCACUUACCUUGGUGCAACAAUCUCCAAAGAGAGGGGUACUGACAAUGAUAUAAGUAGAAGAAUUGCACUUGCACAAACAGCCUUCAAACUACUUGAUAAAAUUUGGAACUCCAAUAUUUAUAAGAAAAAGACCAAGCUGAAAAUCUUUAAAUCCAACAUUAUCUCGGUUCUACUAUAUAGCGCAGAAACCUGGAAGAUUACAAAAGCUGACGAACAGAAGCUCAAUAUAUUUCAAAGAAGAUGCCUGAGAAAAAUAAUGAAGAUACGCUGGCCAAUGAAAAUAACAAAUGAAGAACUGUAUCAAAUUACUAAUACAAAUGAACUAAGUCAAGAAAUACAUAAGAGGAGAUGGCGAUGGAUUGGACACCUCCUUCGAAAAGAAAAUGGUAACUAUGCCAGACAUGCUAUCAUGUGGACCCCAGAAAGCAGGAGAAUAAGAGGAAGGCCAAGAACCACCUGGAGAAGAACAACUGAAAAAGAAAGAAAUGAAUUUGGAUGGAGAAGCUGGGGUUAA